AUGUGCGAUCCGCGAAAAUUACUCACGGACUCGGUCCGAAGACAGAUAAAAGCGGGACGCAAAAUCGGCUCGCUCUUCCUUCCCCCCCUCCAUCUCACUCCUCCCCAACUUUACACCUACAAACUUUGCAGCUUCCCGGAGCUCCGCCUGUCUCUUUCUUCAUUGCAAUAUGGAUCAAGGUUCACUACCAACCUCGGGGAUAUGGUCACCGUCUCCGGGGUGUUUGUUAUCGCAAAUUCUCCACGACCGUUCACGCGGUCUUGGGCGACCUUGCGCAAUGAUCGCGACGCGUCGCAUCUUUACCUCGUGUUGACCCGAAACAAUGGAAUACAACUUGAUGCUGCUAGGCGCCGUUCCAAGCAAAGACGGUUUCGGCCCAAUGCGGGCCAACUCCUCGGUGGCUGGCUCCCAUUCGAUGGACUCCAUGGCGAUGAUGAAGCUUAUCUUCAUUUUACUCCUGGCGACACUCUUCUCUUCAGCUCCAUCGCUCCCACCUCUGCUGGCGCCAUAUUCGGAGCUUGCCUCAUUCUCUUCCUUGUCGCGGUUGGAGAACGCGCUCUCAUGGCUUUGAACCGUGGUUUCGAUAGACAAAUUAAGACUAGAUCCCAGCGUCUUUUGCUGACUUGCGAAUUUGCUAAUAACACUGCCGAAACUGGUUCCGACAAAGCUGCCCUCAGACUCUGCUUACGUGCCCACGAAGAUGAUGUUCAUUCUCUCUCACGAGGUCGCUCGAGGUGGCCUUGCUGGUUUACAAUCGGUUGUUCAAUAUCCACUCAUGCUGGUCGUCAUGACGUUCAACACAGCUUUUCUCAUUAG